AACGAAUCAGCUGUUUUUUGUUGUUUUGGUGAUUUUCAGCAAUUUUCAGCAUGAAUUUGGCUCGAGUUGUCCGUUCCGCGAUUCGUGAGACCUCAAAAAUCAAUCCUCGCCCAUCUGUUCAUGUAUUUUUCUCUCAAAAGAAGGAAUAUCAUGACGAACGAAGACAUCAACGUCGCUGGAUUUAUGCACCUGUUGGAAUAGCAGCUUUCGCAACACUUUUGGCAAACGACAACAUAAGAGAAAUUUUCCCGGAUUUCAUGCCAAAAGUCUAUGCAGCAACAAAAUUUUCGAAAACCUUGACGGGACAUCGUGAAAAAUUCAAUUUUAUCGCUGAUGUCGUUGAUAUUUCGGCUCCCACCGUGGUCUACAUCGAAAUUAAAGACGCAAAGCGUGUGGAUUUCUUCACCGGCGAGCGUUUAACUAUCAGUAAUGGAUCUGGCUUCAUCGUCGACUCCAACGGACUCAUCCUGACAAAUGCCCACGUCGUCAUCAAUAAGCCACAUUCGAUGGUGAACGUAAAAUUACAUGACGGACGAACGUUUCCCGGCUUUGUGGAAGAUGUUGAUCCCUCCUCCGAUCUUGCUACAAUCCGAAUUCAGUGUAAUCACUUGCCAGCGAUGAAACUCGGGCAAUCGGCUGAUUUACGAGCCGGCGAAUGGGUUGUCGCCAUGGGAAGUCCUUUAAGUUUAAAUAAUACCGUGACAGCGGGCGUUGUGAGUAGCACCGAACGUGCCUCCGCCGAACUCGGGAUUCGUGGAAAGGACAUCAAUUACAUUCAAACUGACGCUGCCAUCACAUUUGGAAACAGUGGAGGUCCCCUCGUAAAUUUGGAUGGCGAAGCAAUUGGCAUUAACACGAUGAAGGUGACACCAGGCAUUAGUUUUGCAAUUCCAAUUGAUUAUGCGAAAGAAUUUCUCGUAAAAUCGGCAGAAAGAAGGAAAUCUGGUGUGGCAGCUGGAGAUCGACCGUUGGUGAGACGUUACAUGGGCAUCACGAUGCUUUCGCUAACGCCGGAGAUACUGCAGGAACUGAAACAAAGACAUCAUGAUGUUCCAGACCAUAUUAGUUCCGGAAUUUUGGUGUGGAAAGUGAUUAUUGGAUCGCCAGCGCAUGCGGGAGAUUUGACGCCGGGCGACAUCAUCACGGAAAUUAAUGGCAAACAGGUGAAAACGAGCUCUGACGUUUAUGCGGUGCUCGCACAAAAGGAAAGAGACUUAAAAAUGACCGUGUAUCGCGGUAAAAAACAACUGAAACUCGUUGUUAGACCAGAAGAUCCGGAAUAAGCUUUUAACGAAAUGUCCCCAAAAGUGCUUUCUUAUUUGAAAAUUGUAGAAAAAUUAAUAAAUGUUGACUUAAUUUAAUUGUUUGACUUUUUAUCAACCUUUUCGAUUUUGACGAAAAAAAAAUUCAGGAGAAAUAAUAAAAUUUUAUUUAA